AUGGAAAAGGAAGAAGCAUGUCUACAAGCUGCAUCUGAUCUUCAUCGCAUUAUGAGAUUCUCUAAACAGAAAGAAAUGGAGAACCAGCAUGAAGCAGCUGGCACGAAAUCUGAUGAUGGUGCUUCACAUUCACCGAAAAAAUUGAAGAGUUACAUUUUCUUGAUUUAUAGCAUAUUUCUUUGUUAUGACCGCAGUCUGAGAUAGCUUUAGUUUUUUUUUUUUAUGUGACAGAUAAUCCAGUGUCAUAGCUUGGAUACCAUAUGCUCAAGAUCAACGUUUGUCAAAAGAACUGAAAGAAAUUGAUCAAAUCUCACAACUGUUCUGAGCAUUCAGCAUCAAUAGCGAGCCAUUUCCACGAGAUACGAAAGCUAUUCUUGAUCCAUUUCAGCCAAUUACCUGUCCUUCACAAGUAAUUUGUACCACUCUUCUGCACCAAAGCCUUCCUAUACGUCUCUGUGGCGUUUCUUCAGAACCCCAUGAUCAAUAGCAAAUCUUUGAUACAUCCUCGUUAGAACUACUUUUGGAUAUGUUGGAGUGGAAAUUCUGCUGCUACUUAUCUCUUGCAGAAUUCGAUCUCGUGGCAUUUGUGCGAUUAUUCCGAUUUUUGCUUAUCAGAAUUGAUAUCCUCAAAGCAUUUCUAAUUCACCUGCUACCACUCCACGAAAUGAAAAUCUCACAAAGUGAUCUUUGGGUGCAAACGCUACACAAGUGGCUCUAUUCACAAGGUGUCGUUCAUCCAUUUUUUCUAGUGAGUUACAGAUGUGUCCCAGUUAUCGACAAGUCAAACACAAGCUGCACAGUGCUCAACGUUUCAAUACAUUUGCUCACAGAGACACUUUCCCUCUUCCUUCCCAAUGUAUUCUGUACCUCACAACCAAUACACUAAGAUGAGUUCACGUUUUCCCUUUGGAUUAGUCCACCAAAGCUGGACGAAAAAUUACAGAACUUUCUGCGUGACUGACGUAGAAAAACUGAAGAAGUUAACUCUUCACUCGGUAUAUUUAACGUGCUACUACAAGGAAAAUUGUUGUUUUUGUUUCCGAGUUUGUUUAACAUAAAUCUUUUCUAUAUGUUCAAAAUUAUACAAACAGCGAAAAAUUGGAAUGAUACUUGUGUACGGGGGCUGGAAAUUUCCCACUGAAAAGUGCGUAAAUACCGUCCGCCAUUACAAAGUUCGCAAAAUAAUAGUCCGCCAGAUCUCCGCAAAGCGGUCUUGCGUUUGACCACGUGAUUUAUGCACUGUGAUGUAGAAACAUCAACCAAAAGAUUCGCAUUUGGGAAAAGUUUGUGAGUUUAGAGCCAUUAAGAUGUCUUCUCCGUCGGAUUCCUCUUCCUGCACAUCUGAAAGUGAUCUAGAAAGUUUUACAGUUGACAAAGUGAUUGGGGAAUUGUCUGAAUUUGCAUCGUACAACGACAGUUGCGAACCUCUUACCACCGAGGAAGAAGCCGCGGACUACAACAAAAGAGUUCAUCGCAAAGAAGAGGAACAACAGUUUCAACAAAGAUAUUCGGGAAAGGUGCCAGCGAAUGAAUGGUAUGGUAUCAUGGAAUGUAGAUUUAUAUUUUUAUUUUCCAAUUUUAACAUACCUGUCGUUAAAUCGUGUGCAUGAUGAACGCGACUAUGUGUUUUGUUUAAGUUUACAAUUUCGUUGCUAUGUGAUUAGCGGUAGUUCUGAUUUUAUGCGAUAGUUUUAAAGCGGUCAGACAAUUAAUAAUUUUAUACAGACGUAUUUUUCACAUUAUUUUGCAGGUGUUCGUACUCGAACUGCUCUGUCAGCCUUGUUACAAAAGCGCAGGAGUGCAUUUGCUGCAAAGAGGUCAUGGAAGAAGCCAUUGGAGACCGGACCAUAUGCAUAACCCUCCGUCCAGGGUUUGAAAGCGUCUGCUUAAACUGCCACGUAUUAGAAGUGGCUGCACUGGGCCUAAAAAUGCGAGCUGGAAAGUCGUACACAACUGUUCGUGGGCAAAGCAACAAAAGUAAUGAUGAGUAAGUUGGGGUAUUGUUGACUUUGUAUCGGAACGAUUGAACCUUACAUAGAAUUGAAUAAUUGAUACAUCUAAGCUUAUCGCCGUGGACUGAUCUCAUAGAAUCACCACCCCCUUUAUCUUCUGUCCGAAUAUAUGUUAGCAAGGAUCCAUCCACGGAAAUUACAAAGGUGGCUCCUUUUCUUGUCAAGUUUUUGGAGGCUGUUGCCACCAAUGAUCAUCAGUAUAAUAGACCCCAAUGUAAAGCUUUUGAAGUCUUAAAAAUUGCUUUGCACGUUCUUACAAACCCAGAUAGAAAAUUUGGAUUGAGUUGGGAACUUAUGGGAAUCUUAGAUGAGCUUUUGCCAGCUAAAGCAAGAGAAUUGCGGGCAUAA